AUGGGGGAAGCAAAGAGGGUGGAGGGACCAGUGAUGGCGAUACAGGAUACAGAAGUGAAGAGAGCAUUAAGGAACAUGAAGAAUGGUAAAUCACCAAGUACAUUAGAGUUCCAAACUGAAAUGAUCAAAUUACUAGGUACAGAGGGAGAGAAAUGUAUGAUGGAUUUAUUAGAAGGUAUAUGGGAAGAGGAAGAAAUGCGAAGGGACUGUGAGGAGAGUCUAAUGGUAUAUAUAUUCAAGAAGAUGGGAGAUGUCAUGGAUUGUGGCAACUACAGGAGAAUUAAACUAAUAGAGCAUGAAUCGAAGGUUUUAGAGAGAAUACUGGAUGAGAGAUUAAGAGAGAUUGUAAAGAUCAGGAAACAGCAGUAUGGAUUCAUGAGAAGAAGAGGGACAGUGGAUGCCAUCUUCAUAGUAAGAAAGCUACAGGAAAAGAGGGUAGAGGGAAAAUAG